GUAUCGCAACAGCGUCUGCCAAUGUGAGACGGAAGCCCAACUGUUUUAAUCUUCUACAUCAGAUGGCAUUGUUGAAGAGGAUGAAAUCAGAUGAAUCUGAAGCAAUGUGGGAGAAGGCCUCCCAGCUGGCAGACGCUUACAAGGUGGGAAGGAGUGAAAGCGCUGCCGCACUAGCCCUGCUGAACUGUGUGGACCCGCCAGUAGUGGCGGAGUUGAGUGCCAUU